CAUGCGCAUAAAGGUAAUAAGAUUUUCGAUUCACGGCGAAGCAGUCUGAUAGUUGUGUGGAACAAAUUGAAAGUAUCUGAGAGAACGGAACGAAAAAUGUCAGGAAAAUCGAAAGCAUUUACCAAAGAAGAAGAGCUUCUUCUUCAAGACUUUUCACGAAACGUAUCAACCAAGUCAUCGGCGUUAUUUUACGGAAAUGCUUUCAUUGUUUCGGCGAUCCCCAUCUGGCUUUUCUGGAGAAUUCACUUGAUCAACAUCUACGCCAAUUUAAUUUCCUUCGUUUUAAUCACAUUAGCUAGCACAUACGCGCUUGCCCUAGCAUAUAAAAAUACCAAAUUUGUGUUGAAACAUAAGAUUGCAGUGAAAAGGGCAGAUGCAGUGACAAGAGAAAUGAGCAGAAAGUUAGCAGAAGAUAAGAAGAUGAGCAAGAAGGAAAAAGAUGAGAGGAUUUUGUGGAAGAAAAAUGAGGUAGCUGAUUAUGAAGCAACAACAUUCUCAAUCUUCUAUAACAAUACCUUAUUCUUAGCACUUGUAAUUGUAUCUUCAUUCUACAUUCUGAAGACAUUCACUCCAGCUGUAAAUUACAUACUUUCCGUGAGCGUGACAAGUGCACUGUUAGCACUACUGUCGACUGGAUCACAAUAAUUUAUGCUGCUCAAGAAAUGUGUGUGAAUGUGUGAUGGUAACUGAUUUACAU